AGAAGAGGUCCACCUAGAAGGAACCUUGGUUUUAGAAGAUCCGUCCUUGCCCCAUUUCUCUGCCAUGGCCCAACCGUUUCUCUUCCUCCUCUUCCUCCUCACCUACUUCACUGGUGCCUUGGCCCAGUUCACCAUGACUCAGCCACCUUCUCUGUCGGUACCACCUCAAGAAACCGUCAGUAUCACCUGUACCAGGGAAGGUGGUAGCAUUUCUGCCUACUAUGUGAGCUGGUAUCAGCAGAAAUCUGGCACAAAACCCCUGCCGCUGAUCUAUCAGCAUACUAACAGACCUUCUGGAAUCCCUGAGCGAUUUUCUGGUUCUAUCGAUUCUUCCUCCAAUUUGGCCACCUUGUCCAUCUCCCACGUUCGACCAGAAGAUGAGGCUGACUAUUACUGUGCGUCUUAUGAUAGCAAUUAUCAGUGCACAAGGACCAUAAGGGGAGAAAGGGUUGGCCCAUCCACAUCUCCCACAAUGUCCCGGGCAUUUCUUCUCUCCAUGGUCCUGAUCUCUGUUGACCCCAGCCUUCAACAACUGCAGAACCUGAAGGACCCAGAAUUUGUAGCCCUUGGUGGCACAGUCACCAUAUCUUGUCGAUACGAUAGUGGGAGCCUUGGGGAUGGCAACUACCCUUGGUGGUCCCAGCAAAUACCUGGGAAUAAACCUCGAGCUUUGAUCUAUACAACCAGUAACAGACCUUCAGGGGUUCCAGAACGUUUCUCCGGAUCCAGAUCAGGGAACGUGAUGUCCUUGACUAUCACUGGGGCUCAGCUUGAAGACGAAGCCUUCUACUAUUGUUGCGUCUGGACGGGUAGUCAGUUCCACAGUGGUUGA